GUCAUGUGGUCUUCCGCCGACGUUCACGUAGUGUAAAUACAAACAUCUGAUAGUUAAAGACGGUUUAGUUUAUUAUUUUCAAGACUGAAAUAGUGUGUGUAUCUUCACGGAUUAGCUGUAACGUAGACAGAAAGUGCCAAGAACAUUACGUAGAUUAACUAGGACAUUCUGUUGGAGUAUUUCCGUGAUUAUAUCUUUUGUAUGAAUCCUCGAGUUCUUUGUGAUAUUUCAAACAGGAAUCACAAACACUGCCUAGCGCAGGUAUAGAACUGCACAUAGAAGAUUGUACUAGACAAAAAAUAAAAGACGAUGUGAGCAGAUGUAAAAUUGUUAUUAAACAAUGUGUUCUUCUAAAUCAAGGUAAAGUGGUAUGUAUAUAUCGACGUUGAUGAUCUGAAACAACGAACAAAUAGCCGUGCAGAUUGGCCCGUUUGAUACCGACACUCUCAAGGGAUGUGGUCGGCUGGCUUCACAGAACACACAGGUCUGUCGUAAUUUUUAAAUACUUCCUACCAUUAUACACUGGAGAAGCAGCCAUCCUUUCAAGCGUUGAAAUGGUGAAUGCUAACUUCUGAAUAGUUGAAUAAUUUAAAAUAUGCAUGUACUCAAAAUUGCAUCUUCAUCUUGAGACAAUGGCUAAAACAAAAGUCGACGUUUUUGGAAGCUCAUCUGAACUAAAACGUUUGGAGCAUGAGGAGAAAAUCACGUUCAAAGAAUAUAAAUAUCGAUGUUAUUACGCAGUGAAGGGCUACCACGUUUGUGGCGUCUACUGGGACGUGUGUAUCUGGCUGACGUCAUUUCCGUCAGAAUUACAGGAAAUGAGAGAUUUCCGAAAUGACUCCACGUUUUGUACCUACUCCAUGGACAUCAUUACUUUGGAGUCGUCGAGCUGGAUUAAAGCGAUAAUUCGCAAAACGGGCCGUGAUGGCUUCUUUAGUCUCGUAGGUAAACAUUUAAACGAUGUAUUAGUACUUAUUUCAGAAUCUGAAACUAAAGACAAAAAGCAGGUCGCACCAACAGAACAGACUUUGAGCAUUGAGACUCCAGACGAAGAACAAGUUACAAGUAAAAGUGGAUCGUCUACAGAACACCAACACGAAGACCCGAGUUCAACUUUUGGUGAGAAAAAGACAAGUACAGCACAGGAAGUGGGCGACACGACCACAAAACAGAUGAAAGCAUGCUCGAACAGUACUAGUUCAUUGUCUACAGCAAACAAAAAGGCAGAUUCUAUUUUAACUCCAGGUGGAAAUGAACCAGGUAUACAAGAAGAAUUAGUAGAAAUGCCCACGAAACCAAUGAAACCAUCUUCGUACAAAAUGACGUCCACCCCACGUGGUAUCUGUAUGAUCAUCAGCAAUGAAGACUUCUACAGUUUAACGGAUCCGACCAAACUAGAAAAACGGCACGGGGCACUACAGGAUGUCGAAAAGCUUUCCAAAAUGUUCACUCGUCUUCAGUUUAAAGUCGUACUGUUUCGAAAUCUGCGCGACAACGAGGUUGUCAUGACAGCGAAACACAUGUCGCUGAACGAUCAUUCACACUUCGACUGUUUUGUGUGCUGCAUCCUCUCACACGGUACCCAGGGGUCGGUUUACGGGGUCAACCACGUGGCCGUCCCCAUCAGCGACGUCCUGUCUCAAUUCCGGUCACGUGCUUGUCACACCCUUGCAGGGAAGCCCAAAUUGUUCUUCAUACAGGCGUGUCAGGGUCUGGAGCCUCAGAUAGGCGUGGCCGUCACGGACACGCCCUCCGUACCCCAGCCCGCCAAACUGGCAGCAGACGGCACCGACUUCCUGGUGGCGUAUUCCACCGAGCCGGGCUAUGUGGCGUUCAGACACCGCAAGUCGGGGUCCUACUUUAUAGACGCGCUGGUCACAAACCUCGAAGGUCUGCCAGACUUUAGUGUACACGACGUGAUGGCCAAGGUGUGUGACGACGUCUCCCAGCUGAACAUCAACAAUGGCUUCAAACAGGUGCCACAGUUCACGUCCACCCUAACCAAACAGCUGGUUCUGGCCAGGGGAUCUCUCGCAGUACAGUCUCACUGUUCUGGUGAGACGGGAGUUCAGCAGGAGGACGCCACGUCACCCACGUUGAUACACACCUUCAACGACGACGUUAGUUCUCAUCAACCUAAACAUACAAAGAAAGUGACAAAGACUUCUGUUUGUGUUAUUUCCUGAUUGACAAUCACCAUUGAAGCCAGUGAAUGGAAUACUGAGUAUAAAACCGCAAUGUAGGGAAAAAGAAGAGAUGUAAAAUGGAUUAAAAAAUAAAAUAAAAAAUAGGCUCCAAUUUUUGACAUCUUUUAGAUUUGCCUUGUAGUGAUUUAUAUGUUAUUUAUAUGUUUGCAGUGACAAUAAUAAUUUUACAAUAACUUGAUCACUGGGUGAAUGUGUGAGCACAAUUCACGUAUACGUUAUAUCGGCCUCGGUGGCGUCGUGAAUAGGCCAUCGGUCUACAGGCUGGUAGGUACUGGGUUCGGAUCCCAGUCGAGGCAUGGGAUUUUUAAUCCAGAUACCGACUCCAAACCCUGAGUGA